GAGGCGGCUGUGGAGGGUCCGGCCUGUGGGAGCCUCGGUGGGAGCCGGCCUCGGCGCGCGGCCACCAUGUCCGCGCCGUCUGAGGAGGAAGAGUACGCGCGGCUGGUGAUGGAGGCGCAGCCGGAGUGGCUGCGCGCCGAGGUGAAGCGGCUGUCGCAUGAGCUGGCGGAGACCACGCGCGAGAAGAUCCAGGCGGCCGAGUAUGGGCUGGCAGUGCUCGAGGAGAAGCACCAGCUUAAGCUGCAGUUCGAGGAGCUCGAGGUGGACUACGAGGCCAUCCGCAGCGAGAUGGAGCAGCUCAAAGAGGCGUUUGGACAGGCUCACACAAACCACAAGAAGGUGGCCGCGGAUGGUGAGAGCCGGGAGGAGAGCCUAAUCCAGGAGUCAGCAUCCAAGGAGCAGUACUACGUGCGGAAGGUGCUGGAGCUACAGACAGAGCUGAAGCAGCUGCGCAAUGUCCUUACCAACACACAGUCUGAGAAUGAGCGCCUCACAUCCGUGGCCCAGGAGCUGAAGGAGAUCAACCAGAAUGUGGAGAUCCAGCGUGGCCGCCUGCGGGAUGACAUCAAGGAGUACAAGUUCCGAGAGGCCCGCCUGCUGCAGGACUACUCGGAGCUGGAGGAGGAGAACAUCAGCCUGCAGAAGCAGGUGUCCGUGCUCAGACAGAACCAGGUGGAGUUUGAGGGCCUCAAGCAUGAGAUCAAGCGUCUGGAGGAAGAGACUGAGUACCUCAACAGCCAGCUGGAGGAUGCCAUCUGGCUCAAGGAGAUCUCUGAGCGGCAGCUGGAGGAGGCACUGGAGACGCUGAAGACAGAGCGGGAGCAGAAGAAUAGCCUGCGCAAGGAGCUGUCACACUACAUGAGCAUCAAUGACUCCUUCUAUACCAGCCACCUGCAGGUCUCCCUGGAUGGCCUAAAGUUCAGUGAUGACACUGCCGCUGAGCCCAACAAUGAUGCUGAGGCCCUGGUCAACGGCUUUGAGCAUGGUGUCCUGGUCAAGCCACCAUUGGACAAUAAGACGUCCACACCCAGGAAGGAUGGCCUGGCGCCACCCUCCCCCAGCCUUGUCUCUGACCUGCUCAGUGAGCUGCACAUCUCUGAGAUCCAGAAGCUGAAGCAGCAGCUGGUGCAGGUGGAGCGGGAGAAGGUAGGCCUGCUGGCGACACUGCAGGACACACAGAAACAGCUGGAGCAGGCACGGGGGGCUCUAUCUGAGCAGCAUGAGAAGGUGAGCCACCUCACGGAGAACCUGGGUGCCCUGCGGCGCCUGCAGGCUGGUAAAGAGAGGCAGACAGCCCUGGACAACGAGAAGGACCGGGACAGCCAUGAGGAUGGUGACUACUAUGAGGUGGACAUCAAUGGGCCUGAGAUCCUGGCCUGCAAGUACCAUGUGGCCGUGGCUGAGGCUGGUGAACUCCGGGAGCAACUCAAGGCCCUGCGUAGCACACACGAAGCUCCAGAGGCCCAGCAUGCUGAGGAGACGGGCCGCUACCAAGCAGAGGGCCAGGCCCUUACGGAGAAGGUCUCCCUGCUAGAGAAUGCCAGCCACCAGGACCGUGAGCUCCUGGCCCGGCUGGAGAAGGAGCUGAAGAAGGUGAGUGACGUGGCUGGCGAGACACAGGGCAGCCUGAGUGUGGCCCAGGAUGAGCUGGUGACCUUCAGCGAGGAGCUGGCCAACCUCUACCACCAUGUGUGCAUGUGCAAUAACGAGACACCCAACCGCGUGAUGCUGGACUACUAUCGUGAGGGCCAGGGUGGGGCCGGCCGCACCAGCCCUGAGGGCCGUGGGCGCCGCACACCUAUCCUCCUGCCUAAGGGGCUGCUGACCACAGAGGUGGGCCGAGCAGAUGGUGGAGCUGGGGACAGCAGCCCCUCACCCAACUCUUCACUGCCAUCACCCCUGAGUGACCCCCGAGAGCCCAUGAACAUCUACAAUCUGAUUGCCAUAAUUCGCGACCAGAUCAAGCACCUGCAGGCAGCCGUGGACCGCACAACAGAACUGUCCCGGCAGCUCAUCACCUCACAGGAGCUGGGCCCUGCUGUGGACAAGGACAAGGAGGCACUCAUGGAGGAGAUCCUCAAGCUGAAGUCACUGCUCAGCACUAAGCGGGAGCAGAUCACCACGCUGCGCACUGUGCUCAAGGCCAACAAGCAGACAGCUGAGGGCCUCGCUAACCUGAAGAGCAAGUACGAGAAUGAGAAGGCCAUGGUGACAGAGACCAUGAUGAAGCUGCGCAACGAGCUCAAGGCCCUCAAGGAAGAUGCAGCCACCUUCUCCUCACUGCAUGCCAUGUUUGCCACCAGGUGUGACGAGUAUAUCACACAGCUGGACGAGAUGCAGCAGCAGCUGGCAGCUGCUGAGGACGAGAAGAAGACGCUUAACUCCCUGCUGCGUAUGGCCAUCCAGCAGAAGCUGGCGCUGACCCAGCGCCUGGAGCUAGACCAUGAACAGACCCGACGGGGCCGCACCAAGGCCGCCCCCAAGGCCAAGCCGGCCACCCCGAGCGUAAGUCACACCUGCACCUGCGCCAGCGACAGGGCCGAGGGCACCGGGCUCGCCAACCAGCUGUAGAGUAGCGCUGGGAGGACAUGGUCACCCGGCCCUGUCACACCGCAGCCCCUCCCUCUCCCCUCCUGUGGCCCAUGCAGAGGAAGGAAGGGCAACCUAAAAGUCCACUUAGAACCAUUUUGGAUAUGCUACUGCAAUUCGUUUCAAAAUAGCAUUUCCCAGAGUUUUUAAUGGGAGGAAAAAAAAAAUAAAAGCUUUAAUGUUGCGAAUGGCUCAAGCUGCUGCUUGGAAAGGCCUCUAUUUGGCCGAAGAGCCUGUUUCCCAGCUGCUCCCAGGCUCACCGGGGCCGGCGGGAUGCCCGCUGUGGGGCUCUCCUUAGUACACAUGCUCCUUUUUUAUCCGAUCAACCUGUGCACUUUUCAUAUUUUGAUAUUAUAUUUGCUUCCUUAAUUCGUCGCGCAGACGGUCUCAGAUGCCGUGGUCUGUGCUCGUGGUCCUGUAGCUGUCCGUCUUAGCGCCCAGUGUGUUGAUCUGGCGUCAGCACGAGGCAGAGCUGUGCUCCAUAGCAUGUAGCUCUAGACUGGAGGUGAGGCUUCGGCCGGCGAGGAGCUUGGCAGAGUGUAUCCACGCUGCAGCUCCGCAGCCCUUUACACUCACGGCAUCAUGGUUCAUGUUCGAAAUUAUAGAUUUUAAAUGCCAUGCUCAUUAAGAAAUCCAGGGUAUUCCAAUUCUGGGUUUUUCAUAUUGUAUUAUUAUUAUUCUUAGGAAUAGUUCAAUGUAACAAGAAGAAAACUUGACCUUUGCUCUGGUUAAAACAGUAACAGGCACUUGAAAAAAGAUAAAUUAUUAAAUGAGUAGUAGCACCUAUAAAUUCCAGAGUUUUCUGGAUUUUAGGACAUUGUGAAGCAUGACUGAUUAACAGAAUUUUAUACAACUGUACCAGUGAAAUUCCAAAUUGGAAUUGUUUUGUUAUUCUGGUUGUUGUGCCAAAUUGUGGUACACUUAGAAAAUUCUACAGUUGUCGAUUUUUAGGGUGUUCUGUUUCAACGCCUUUUUGUUGUAAUCAUUGCCAGUAGUGCCUUCAUCAGUUAAGGGAGAUGUCCCAGUGAAGUUAACCCUCUAAAACGGCAGUGGAGAGCUGGUUGGAGUGCUAAGGGCCAGUGUGGACCAGCAGGCGGGAGCGGGCGCCCGCCUCACACUUCAUACCUGGGCAUCUUCAUUGAGGGAAAUAAAACAGUGAUUGUGCAAAAUUCUGUUAGUCAGUGAUUCUUUACAUGCAAAUUCAGGGGCUUAGAAAACAAAAACAAACACAAAACCUUGAGUGUGCUUUGGGAACCAAAUGGACUUGAUGGGACGAGCUAAGCAAGUUGUAUGAACAGCACAUUUGCGAAGAGCCAAGGGUGCCAGGAGAGCCUGCGCAGUCGGCCUAUGAGGAGGGACGUGGGUUAGCCAUAGUAUUCUUUGCAAAUGUGAAAACCAGACAUUAUAUCUUCUCUUGCUUGGUGUAACUAAUCACUGUUAGUUUCAGGAAACAGAACUCAUUCAAGCUCCUUAGCAAACUACUUGCUGAGUGAGAGUUACAGGUGUGGUUAAAUUGGUACUAGUCGAGGGAAAAAAAACUGUCCUCUGUCCUCCAAAAAAAAGGACAAAUUAUAAUAAGUAAUAGUUAUUGUAAGAAUCCAAGAGUUCUAUUUCCUGGAAGGAGCAUUUCUUAUUCCUAGUUGUUGGGACUCCUAUUUUUACCUUCUGUUACAGUGUUGACUCAUAAGAAAUAUUGUUUCAUUUGAGCUAACGUCAUCCAUAUGGGGUAUUUAUUUGCAAUGAUGUCUAGUACUGUAUUUUUUUUCUGUGCAUUAUCUUAGUGUCAGAACGUUGGUCUUUAUUUUAAAGUCAUAUGCAUGUUCUCCUACCACAGAACCUUUACACAGACCCAAACAAAACAAAUAAUAAUAAGUGAAAGCCUACAGUUUCUGAGAAAACGAGGCAGAGGUGGAGGGAGAAAUUAACGGAGACUCUCGGGACACAGAUGUGGUAUGAAUGUCUGCAACGCCAAUGCGCAUAGGAACAGUGGGCCUGGGUAAAGAGUCAUGUUGGUAGGGCCAAUAAAUAAAGAAUAAUAAAAAGAUGAAGCACA